UCCGCAAUUUCCAACUGUUGGUGGGAGUUUAGAUGAAGAUGUGGGGAUUAAGCGGUACGAAGUCUCUGACCCACUGACAUUCUCUUUAGUUACUUGGUAGACACAAACGUCGAUAAUUUGUGACUUUCAAGACUUUCAAUGUCCGUAAUCAGGAUUAUUGGUAGAAUAAUAUUUAAGAAAAGAAGGUAGCCACCUUCGAAAGGAACAAACGAUCGAUCAUUUUGAGAUGCGGUUUAAUCGCGGCUUGGUAACUAGUGUCGCUGCUUGCUUAACAGUUUUCUUCAUCAUUUUAAAUUUAAAAUCAACUAUAGAGACUGUAAACAAUUCAGGGAUAAAUAUAAAAGAGCCAUACGUUGGGGAACAUAAUAUCCACAAGGAUCAGACGUAUCGAUAUGUUACCCCCUCUCUCGCGGAAUUAGCUGCUCGUGGAGCUUUGCCGAAAAUGAAUAAACAUAUUUUAAUGCUUACUCGUGUACCCGAUGCCGGAGCCGAACUGUUUGUCCUGUUGCUACAACGUUUGCAGGGUUACAAUGCAUUUAAGCAUAUACGAUUACCACCCGGUGAUCACGGGCUUCUAUCAACUUUGCAAGAGGAACUUUUAGUAGAAGAAAUUACUAAUAUCAUAAGGCAGGAAGCGAUUCCUUUAAGUUUCGACGGGGAUGUUAGAUUCUUAAACUUUUCAAAGUUCGGGCGAGAGUCUCCGUCAUUUAUUUCUUUAGUAAGGAAUCCUAUAGGAGUACAAAAUUUUCUGAGAUAUCACGAGAGACGAAGAAAUAUGGUGGAAAGUAGAGCCAUACCCAUAUUUUGUGGCCAAGAUCCUCGAUGCUCAGAAAUAAAUAAUAAAUGGGCGUUACAACGGGCCAAAGCGAAUGUCGUUGAAUGGUAUCCUGUUGUCGGAAUAUUGGAGUACAUGGAACAAUCGAUAGAUAUACUAGAAUACAAAUUUCCAUAUUUCUUUCGAGGUGCUAAGCAUAGUUACAAAAAAAUCCAAUCAAAAAAUAAACAUUUUCCCGAUCCCACACUUGUGUUAAAUUCUCAAGAAGGCUAUAAUAUUUUGUCUAAACUCUUUGAGGAUGAAAUAGAGUUUUAUCAAUGGUUGAAAUUACGACUUUUAAACGAAACAAUGAAGAAGAAACGGUGAUGGGAACUAAUAUUCGUCAAGAAAGGAAAUUUUCUCACGUUUGUUUCGAAGAUAGAUACCAAAGAUAAUUAAUAUAAAAAAAAAAAAUUAUUUCCUUACAAAAAGGAAUAUAACA